AAAGGCAACUGUAAACAGAUAACGAAACAAGCGGCAAUUCGAGCUGAUGAGCAGACAUGCCACUUCUUCUUCUUCUUCCAUGUAAGUCUUUCUCUAUUUUCAAUCCAAUUUUGCCCCUCAACACUUCUGUUAUUUACAACACAGCUACCCAAUUCUCAGCUUUUCCCCUUUCUCACAAAUACCCACUUGCUAGAACCCCAAAAUCUUCCAAGAAUCUCUCACUCCAUUGGAAUUAUCGAAUAAGUUUGCAUACCCAUGUCUCGUUUUGCUCUAAAAAUGAAAUCUUUGAAGAAUUUAGGACUACCCAGUUGGAUGAAUUGCCUGAAAGUGAAGAGCUUGAAUUACAUAAUAAGCCAUAUUUAAAGCAAAUAGAUAAUGGGGUUGUCUCAGAUGUAGAGGAGGAGCCGAAAAAAGUUAGUAAAGAUGAAGUUUUGGAGCCAUUUUAUAAGUUAUUUAAGCCUACAGAGUCUAAUGAAGAAGAAAGUGAUACAGAACAAGAGGAAGAGGUUCAUCCAGUUGUAGAAGAGAGUAAGAAGGUUAGUGUAGAGUAUUAUGAACCGAAGCCGGGUGAUUUGGUGGUAGGUGUUGUGGUUUCGGGGAAUGAGAAUAAGCUUGAUGUGAGUGUUGGUGCUGACCUAUUGGGUACCAUGUUAACUAAGGAUGUUUUGCCUUUGUAUGACAAAGAGAUGGGCUAUUUGCUGUGUGAUUUAGAGAAGGAUGCUGAGGAGUUUUUGGUGAGAGGGAAAAUGGGAAUUGUGAGCUACGAUGAUGCAAUUAGUGGGGAAUCAACGCCAGGGAAGCCCGUUGUGGAACCUGGGACUGUACUUUUUGCUGAGGUUCUUGGAAGAACUCUCAGUGGUCGACCACUACUGUCAACAAGAAGACUCUUUAGACGCAUUGCCUGGCAUCGAGUGAGGCAGAUUAAACAACUAAAUGAACCUAUUGAGGUGAAGAUAACAGAGUGGAAUACUGGUGGUCUUCUUACAAGAAUAGAGGGCUUAAGGGCUUUUCUUCCAAAGGCUGAAUUGAUGAACAGAGUUAAUAGCUACACCGAGCUGAAGGAAAAUGUGGGGCGUCGAAUUAAUGUGCUUAUUACCAGAAUAAAUGAAGAAACUAAUGACUUAAUACUAAGUGAGAAGGAAGCUUGGCAAAUGUUAAAUCUGCAAGAGGGCACCCUUGUGGAAGGAACAGUGAAAAAACUUUUUCCCUUUGGCGCACAGAUACGGCUUGGUGAAACAAAUCGAAGUGGCUUGCUACACAUCUCAAAUGUCACCCAAGCCAAGGUUACUUCCAUGAGUAACUUGUUAGCAGUUGAUGAGAAGGUGAAAGUUAUGGUUGUGAAGUCAAUGUUUCCUGACAAAAUAUCUCUCAGUAUUGCAAACCUUGAAAGCGAGCCAGGGUUAUUUUUAUCGGACAAGGAGAGAGUAUUUUCUGAAGCAAAACAGAUGGCGAAGAAGUUCAGACAGAACCUACCAACAGUUUCAGCAACAAAGAAACCGGAACCCCUUCCUACUGACAGGCUACCAUUUGAAGAUGAAGAAAAUAUGUAUGCUAAUUGGAAAUGGUUCAAGUUUGAAAGGGAUAAUGUAAACAUGGAAUAAUCCCCAACACUAAAAAUGUAUCGAACUGUAUAUCCUUUCGGCACGUCUUUAGGUCCUUAGAUAGCAUCCAUGACAAAGUACCAUUGUUCAAAAUCCCAGUUAUAUUCUUUACUGAACUGAGUAAUAA